UUUUUUUUUCUCUUUACUAUUGUAUAUAUGGCGUCAUGAUUAGACCUUCCUACUUUUUAUUCUUAUUAUUAUUAUUCGUAUUACCACUAUUUCGAAACUCAUUGGCAAACGCACAAAGUAUUCAAUAUGCACAACGAUUCCCAAAGUCUCGACUCUACAGUCUUUCUCCUGCUUCUUUAGGUCUUGGCAAUAUGGAUGGUACCAUCGCUGCUUUUGGUGACUUUAAUGCUGAUAAAUUCACUGAUAUCUUUACUUUGGGCCAAGAUCAAAAAAGUAUCACCAUUUAUACUUGGGAUCAUAAAAAUUUUUCUUUUUCACCUUUACUACAUGCACCUCAUAUUCAACAUGACUCGAUCAUCAAUAAUAUCAUUCCUGGCGAUUAUAAUUAUGAUGGUCACUUGGAUGUUUUGGUGAUGGAUGAACCAAAUGCUCAAGGGGAAUUCAAAAUGAAGAUAUAUUUUGGUAAUGGCAAUGAUUCAUUUGUGACUCCAGCUUUAGAUAUUCCUUCAGCGAAAACGACUUUACCCAUGGUUUUGGAUUUAAAUGGUGAUAUGAAGUUGGAUCUAUUGGGCUAUUCUUGGGAAACAGGUGAAUUAAGUGCUUGGAUCAACACUGCUCAAUCCAAUUCUACCAAUCAAACUACUUCUAUCUUUGAUCUAACAUCUGCUUCCUCUUACUUUGAUCCAACGUUUACUUCACGGUGCCGUUGGGCUUCACCGCAUUCAAAUGCCUUUGUGGAUCUGGAUGGAGAUUGCUUGGCAGAUGUUGUCAUGGUAUGUGAUACGAAUGGAAGACAAUCAAUGCAAAUAUGGUCAAACCAACGGGAAAAUGGAUUCAAAUUGAGACAAACACUUGAUUUACCUUCAAAUAUUGGACCUUUGGCAUUUGCGGAUAUGGAUGGUGAUGGAUCAACCGAUAUCGUGUUCACUGUAUGUAGUGAUAAUGCCCAUUGUGCGAUUCAUACAGUCUAUAAUCAACAAAUGGGAUUAUGUUCAAAAUUGGAUGAUCCAAACUCUGUUGGGCAAUGCAGAAGUCCUCGGCAGCUUUGCGUAGCGGAUCCUGAUUUUCAAUUCGAUAUAACUACACCAAAUAGUGAAAAUUAUACAAUAUUCAGCUUGGCACCCUAUCUAGAUCAAGGUGAAACCGUACUUACAUUAGAUAGAAACUUUCCUGGUACAAUGCCUGUCCCUCUUCACCCAGGUGAUUAUAAUUUAGAUGGUUAUCCUGAUCUUUUAGUAACAACAACCAAAAAGGUGAUACUUCUCCAAUCUGUGUGGUGUACUGCACAGCAAUGUACAGAUGCUGCAAUCAAAUCGAACAAACGUACAUUCUCUUUGGUUCGAAAUGGUGCUGAAUCUUUAUCCAAAAUCACCAGUCCUCGACAUGCCACCUUUUUUGAUAUAGAUGAAGAUGGAUCACUGGAUAUAUUGGUACUUCAAGAUAGGACAAGUCGACCUUCCACUCAAAGAACACCACGUUUCUUAAUCAACAAUUUCUUCAAUGAUGCUUUCUUUAUGAAAGGUUUAGUAUCGAACGGAGCACAUCCUGAAGGAUCAUCAACAAAACCUUAUGGUGUCAAUUAUCCUGGAGCCAACUUCAAGUUUACUGUAUUGGAUACCUCUGGAACGAAACGUGUUCAUCAAGUACCACAAUUGCCUCAAACUGGUUAUAUGUCCCUUCAUACUCCUUACUGUCUAUUUGGUUUAGGAAGAACAAACAAUUAUGUGGAAGAAAUGUUUGCAGGAGUCACGCGACAUCAGAAUCAGAACUAUUUAUUUUAUGAAGGCGUUAUCCCCAAUUCCCAGUUGGUGUUUUUACCUUAUCAACCAGAAAAUGUGGCUGAUAGUUCAUCUUGGAAAGUGGAACUCUAUGUCCAACCAGCAGAUUAUAUCCCUUGGGUACUUGUGUCCUUGGUAGCGGCUGCUCUUCUUCUUGGUAUUGUUGUUGGUUCUUUAUACUGGAUGGAAAAACGCGAAGAUGAAAAGGAACGACGAAAGGCUUUACAUAUUAUCAACUUUGACGCCCUAUAGUUCCUCUCUUUUUUUUUAUUUUUUAUUUUUUAUGUAUCCAUAUCAUUUUAGUAUCAUUAUCCAAUCAUAUAUCAUUCGUCAUCUAGUCAAAUAUCU